CCGACUUCUGCCUCUGCCAUCUUCUCCCCCCAAACACCACUCUCCACUGCCCUUUCUUCACCCCUCACCCUUAGCUUGUCGGGGACCCUCUAAAUUGACUACAGUUAGAGGUCUCGUCAUUUCUCUCUUUGCUUCCCCUGGUGUCACUUCUCUAACGGGCGGCAUUGGUCUGCCUUUCAGCUCUGCUCGUAAACAUCCAAGCAGUCGCCACCAGGACAAUGCCAUCCUUUCCGUCGAGGCCGCUGGUCAGGCCUCGGGACGAUGGCUUGCAGCUAAGCUACCAGCUCCCUCACCGCGUGCACACGGCUAAAGGCUACCCCCUCCUCGCUCCCAAUGGCUCAUCGAUCAUCGUUUACGGUUAUGAAACUGGAUUGAAGGUGGUAUGGAGAGGCGGAAGAGCCUUCUCAACUGAGAAGCCCUCCGCCCCAAAAGUGGACAGACCGCGGAAAGCCAGCAACGCCCAUGAGGAUGCGGUCAUGAUUAUCGACUCCGAUGAGGAGAGCACCGCGGAGACUCAGCAUACUCAGCAGGAUGAGGAACCAGAUUAUCAGUUUGAGGAAGAUGAAUCCGAGGUGGAUCCGGUUUACCCUUAUGAGGAUGUCCUGCGCCAGAUCGACAUCCCCCUUGGCAGCAGAGUCCUCGAGCUGGCUGUACCUCGCAUCUUACCCGAAACGGCGCGGUCUUCACUCGAUCCAUUUCCUCCAGCUUUGAAGAAGGACAUUGUCGUCGCAGCGGUGUGCGCAGACUAUUCUACACGCAUUGUAACCCUCCCUCUGUUACCCCCUCACCCAACGCAGAAUGAAUUUGGAAUCCAGACGGUCUCCAUCAGCGGUGGCGUAUCUCACCAGGAGACCCCGAGGGGAGUCAGUGCAACCUUCACCUAUCAAGAGUUCGAUCAACAAGAUCAAGAUUCUUCUCGGAACCAAGGUUCAUCCCGCUCGAGCACAGGCAGAUGGGAUUUGCUCGUCGCAACCCAUUCUUCCGAGUCGUCGGGUCUUCUCAUCAUUCAUCGGAUCCCGAUUGCAGAGGAGGAAACGGUGAGCGGUACUGUGUAUCACCUGUGUGGUGAUGAAAUUGAGACUAGGAGACGGCACUUGCCCGCCCCUGCUGUGAAUGUUUCUUUCAAUCCGUCCGGCUACCCGGCCCCUCGACACUCCACGUUGCUUGUCGCGUUCCACAGUGGAUGUGUCAAGAUAUACUCCUGCUUCUCUGUGAAGCCACUCAAGGCUUCGCGGAGGUCAUCCGGCCCCCAGAGCGACUAUGAGACGUCAGAGACGGAAGGAAGGUGGCUGAUCAGUCUUUACCCCGGCUUUGAACAGUCUGCUUCGGGACUCGCGCGGCGGAAGACCAUCAUUAGCGCGGAAUGGGUACUCGGGGGACGUGCCAUCUUGGUCUUGACAUCAGAUGGGGAAUGGGGUGUCUGGGAUAUCGAAGGGGCCGGCCCUGGGAGCAUCAAAGGCCCGCUUCAGCGUCAGUCCAGUGUGCAGGGCGUUACUGGAGGUUCCUUGACGGCAUUCUCCGUUAGCGGUCGGAUCUUGAGCGCUUUGCCUGGCGCCAGCCGUUCCGAGACGAGCGGACCAGCGUUCGAACAACGACCCAAGUUUGCGCCCUUAACGCCGUCUACGAAACGGCUGCGUGAAGAUACCCUGCUCAAGGGCAGCUCGGUUGGAACGGCCAGUCCUUCACUCAGCGGAGGCAUCUCGGUGUAUCAGACCAACUCCUGGAAAGACGCGCUGCCCGAUGAAUCGAUCCUGCUGCAGCAUGGCAACCAAAGCGCAGUCAUUCCCAGUCUGCUAUCCUUGUGGCGCAACACCGUCAAAGCCAGUGGCACAUUUGAUGCGUCCAACCGCUGUCGGGUCUCUCCUCUCCAAGAUAUCUCGUUGAUGGGAGAACGCUUGAAGGGAAUCGGACACCUCCCGGCCGCCUCCCGCCAUACUCGUGGGCAAAGUUUCGAUAUGCUUCUUACUGCCGAACACCGGGUUGUGAUCCUCGCCCCGAGAUUAACGGAGCCACAGCCGGUCCCCGUUUCUCGAGCGCCAGUCGUUGAGACAUUAGCUACAGAAACGGACCAGCAGAUGCUUCAAAAAGGACAGCUCGGCGUUGACGGCAUGGACCGCUUGCUGAGCGGCAUGGCAAGCAGCAAGCGAUCCCUCCGGAUAGGUAGCCCGAUCAAGCGCCCGAAAAUCUUCACUUAGGCAGACGAUUUCAUCAGCACCACAGCAAUACCGACCAUACAGCACAGAAUUGAAGCAUCGGCAUUGUGUGCAACCGCGUCCACGGCAGCCACGUCCACAUGUCUCCCCCAACAUGUUCCUAACAAUGAAGCUGAGAUCAAGAACAGAGAUACCCAUGAGCAAACACCGUCCCCUUCUGAUAUUCUUCCUCCUCUUCCUCCAUCCGUAACUCCAUUUCGCGCUGCAAGGUGGAGCGCAAGGCGAGGUCCAUGCCUUGAAAUCCCUUCGUUCGUCUCACAUACGUACGCCCCUACGUACGUCUGGGAAGGUCGGAGGGAUAAGCUCUGUAUCGGCUGCGAGACAUCAACCACCGGCAUUUUUGCCUUCUCAUCCCAUUCA